UCAAUUUCUUCUGAAGUCUAAAAAAAAAGAAGAUACAAUAUACAGUGUACGAAGGAGCAUCGCACGAAAAUUCGGUGUUUUUUUCGUAUGCGUGUCACUUGGAAGAUGCCACAGUUUGGCCUUCACGGACAUAAUGUUCUAUCGUUGGAUCUGUAGUGAGAAAGAGAAAAAUCCUUGACAUUAACAACGCCUUGUCAUGUGGAAGUGUCAUAAAUGCGGGAAACCCGUUUAUUUUGCGGAGCGAAAGCAGUCCUUAGGAUAUGAUUGGCAUCCGGAAUGUCUGAGAUGCGAAGAAUGUGGAAAACGUUUGAAUCCUGGUCAGCACGCAGAGCAUAAGGGAGUCCCUUAUUGUCACGUGCCAUGUUAUGGAGCACUUUUUGGCCCACAACUAUUUGGUCACGGCACAAGAGUCGAAUCUCAUACGAGUUUUGGUAAGAAGGAAUCUCGUUCGUCUUUGCCAAGGUCACAUUUAGAAUCAAAGCUAAAGGUUUUUAACCAGUAUUACGAAGGCAAAAGCGGUGGCAUUAGAAGUCGAGAGGUGAAUGGCAGAUUAAUUUUGGAAGGUGCUUUAAGAAUUUAUUGGGGUGUACGUGGUGUUAUACACUUAAAGGAAGAUGACGAUCAGCGUACCGUUGUUACCGCUCGACAUAGAAACUCAUGCAGAAGAAGUUAUACCGACAAAGUUAUAGACACGGAAAUUAAAGACAAAGAAUCCAAGGAUUCCUCGCUGUCGGACAGUCACACAGAAAUUGAAUCAAAUUCAGUUCCACUAUCUCCCGAUCACAUAAAAAGCCUCACACUGCCAAUGAAACUUGACGUUAAAAAACUGGAGUGGGACGAGCUAGAUGAAUUGUUGCAGGUUGAAUGUAAAGCCGAAGAUGGAGAAAAAUUAUAUCAGACUAUGCCUAAAAGCCUUUCAUCGAUAAGUUCUUAUUCCAGUACCGAGUCUCCGCCAGUAUCGUCAACAUGCUUGAGUGUAAAUUCUUUAGAACGUAGUAGUCCUAAUCCCGAUACACAUAGCAUUAAAAUCAAAGACAAUAGUAUCACUAGUACACCUACUCAUAGUUUAAGCAGUUCCUCCAAUACAGACACUCCAAAUUAUCAUGGAACUCCCAAUAAAAACGGUGCUUUACAUAGAGUCGAAUAUUUUGAUAGUUUAGAUAAAAAUUCCACAAGCAAUCAUUCAAUUAGCGACGAAGACAGUUGGUUGGAGAAAGGUUUGAAUCGCUCAAUGUCAGGACCCGAUUGCUUACAAAGGCAUCGAACUGAUAGCGAUACGGAUUCGGCGAGUUCCUUGCAUUUUCGUGAUGAUGAUAACAUGACAAUGUCAACAGAUAGUGGAUUAGAGUUGGAUGGUGUCGUCUUGCGUCGCAAACAAGGCUCGACGGCAAUUAGACGAAGACCAGGAGCGAGACGUCAAUCACGUAGUCGCCUUAGAAGACGUUGCUCCAUCAACGGACAUUUUUAUAAUCGGGAGACUAGUUUUUUUACACCGCCCCAUGGCUCGCAGAUGUCCGUGUGGGUGACGAGUCUCGUGAGCACUCAAGAGGUCAUCAAUCUCAUGCUCGACAAGUACAAGGUUGAUGCCAAAUCCGACAAUUUUGCUCUCUUUAUUGUGCGAGAUAACGGAGAGCAGCGCAGAUUGAGGGAAGACGAGUAUCCUUUAGAAGUUCGAGUAGUUCUAGGACCUCAUGAGAACAUUGCCCGACUAUUUCUGGUUGACAAACUUUCAACUCCAGAAAUUAGUUCUGACGUUGCUCAGUUUCUCAAUUUAUCGUUGGCUGAAUGUCACAAUAUUCUGCAGCGUUAUCAUUUCGAGGAAGAACGGCAAAUAUCAAUAUUAAAGGAGAGAUACAAAGAGAUGCGUCGAAGAAUAAAGCAGCGGAUGGAAGAUCUGAAAGUUCGUUUAUGAAAAAUAUAGAGCAGCUAAUUAUUUUCCUUCUUUUUCUUUUU